GUGGCGGGCCGGCGGCGUGCGUGUUGUUGUGUCGGCGGCGGCAAGAUGGCGGCGCACGGGGGCUCCGCGGCCUCCUCGGCGCUGAAGGGGUUAAUCCAGCAGUUCACCGCCAUCACGGGUGCCAGUGAAAGUGUGGGAAAGCAUAUGCUUGAAGCAUGCAACAAUAAUCUGGAGAUGGCUGUCACCAUGUUUCUGGAUGGUGGAGGCAUAGCAGAGGAGCCGAGCACCAGUUCUGCAGGGGUGUCUGCUGUUCAGCCGCACGCUGAGGAUGAAGUACGAGCUCCAAUUCCUCAAAAACAGGAAAUUUUAGUAGAGCCUGAGCCCUUGUUUGGAGCUCCUAAAAGACGCAGACCUGCGCGCUCAAUAUUUGAUGGCUUUCGGGAUUUUCAGACAGAAACCAUUCGACAGGAACAGGAGCUACGGAAUGGAGGGGCAGUAGAUAAGAAACUCACUACUCUAGCAGACCUCUUCAGGCCUCCCAUUGAUCUGAUGCACAAAGGCAGCUUUGAAACGGCCAAGGAGUGUGGUCAGAUGCAGAACAAAUGGCUCAUGAUAAACAUUCAGAAUGUGCAAGAUUUUGCCUGUCAGUGUCUCAACCGUGAUGUCUGGAGCAAUGAGGCUGUGAAGAACAUAAUCCGGGAACAUUUCAUUUUUUGGCAGGUAUAUCAUGACAGUGAGGAAGGACAGAGGUACAUACAGUUUUAUAAAUUAGCAGACUUCCCUUAUGUCUCCAUCCUGGAUCCCAGGACAGGCCAGAAACUAGUGGAGUGGCACCAGCUAGACGUGACUUCUUUCUUAGACCAAGUGACUGGGUUCCUGAGUGAGCAUGGACAGCUGGAUGGCCAUUCUACCAGCCCUCCCCAAAAAUGCUCUCGUUCGGAGAGUCUCAUUGAUGCCAGUGAGGACAGCCAGUUGGAAGCUGCUAUCAGAGCCUCGUUACAGGAGACGCAUUUUGAUUCCUCACAGGCCAAGCCGGAGAGUCGGUCAGAUGAGGAGUCAGAGUCAGAGCUUUUUUCUGGAAGUGAAGAGUUUAUUUCGGUUUGCGGAUCGGAGGAGGAGGAGGAAUCGGAGAAUCCUGCCAAGUUGAGGAAGUCUCCACACAAGGACUUGGGGUAUAAAAAAGAGGAGAGCCGGAGGCCUCAGCCUGAACCCCCUGCAAGGACUGAGCCUGGGACAACAUCAAAUCACAGGGUACUGCCCUGCAUUGAUGCAGGGAUACUGGAGGAGUCCACUGACAAGCCUGAAAGUAUGUUUCAGGGCCUAGAUGUGAAUGGACCAAAGGCACAGCUGAUGCUAAGGUAUCCAGAUGGAAAGAGGGAACAAAUUUCACUGCCCGAACAAGCUAAACUUCUGGCUCUUGUGAAACAUGUCCAGUCAAAAGGAUACCCCAAUGAACGCUUUGAACUUCUCACCAACUUCCCUCGACGGAAACUCUCCCACCUGGACUAUGAGAUCACGUUACAGGAGGCAGGCCUGUGUCCUCAAGAGACUGUCUUUGUGCAGGAAAGGAAUUAGCACCACGGCUGGGUUCUCCCAGCCUCCCUCCCCUCUCCUCUUUGUCUGGGACACCGACUCAUUAAAUAUGCAGUUGAGGGUCAUAGAAUUGCAGUGCAGAAAUCAAGCAGGCAUCUGGCUGGCCCUUCUCUCUCUUCCAUUCUCCUGCUCUAGUGACCAAAAGAGUGUUCAGAGUUUUAUUUUCUUCCUCAGCUCGUGCCCUGCGGAGAUCAUUGGGAAGAACAUCUCUCCUUUGUUUUUAUGGAAUAAAGUAAAACAAUGAUCUGUGUAUCCAGUAUGCUGGGCUUGGAGUGGCUGUGAUACACUUACCCUUUCUCACUGCUGUUCUUAAAUCUGUUUUGUUUAAUUUAUUUUUUAAAAUAGUGUGUGAUAACGCACUGAGUCAUCUAUCUGUAAGGAGAGAGUGUAAUCUUCAGUCUUUUCCUUUGUUUUGAUUCUCUACACAAAAGGUCUCCAUUAACCUUACAGCUUUCUCAAGGGUUCACUUAUCUAGUGCUCUGCAAAAACUUGGGGUUUGGGAAGAAAUUUGGUUGAGCUGUGGUGAGAUAUUUGGCUGCCAUCUAAUUUAAAGGGUUCUAGAUUGCAUGCGUGUGUUCCUGCUGCUUUAAAAGCUGCCAGUGGACAUAGUAAAAAAACUAACCAACCAAAAUAAAAAAAAAAAAAAAAAAACAAACAGCUAUACUCUAUAUGGAGUUCACUGCUUGGCCCAGAGGGAAAGCUGUGUGUCCGCUGGUGGAGCAGAACUGACUCCUUGGUAGAAGUGGAUGAGGUUUCCAUUUGUUCUCUUCCCAACAUCCCCCCCAAGUGUCGUCUUUUUACUUGCUCUCAGGAUUUUGCAAAUGAUGAUAGAAGGUGGCAAGGUACUGUAAAGAUCUUGGACUCUCUGGAAAACACCUGUCAUAAAAACCUGACAGUUAGUUGGCUUUUUUUUCUUUGCAUGGUGUUUUGUUUUUUUUCCCCAGGAGUGACUAGCUUUGCAGGGGUUUUAGAGCACUGACUGCAAUUGAGCAGGACAAGUCCUAGGCAGGUUUUCUUUCACGGAUUAAAAACAUGCACAGCCUCGUCAAACUGUGGAAUGAAUUAAUGCUUUACAAAAGACUUCACGGCCUGGUGGCUUGAACACUCUACACUGCUUUUUAUUCUAUUUUCAUGUUCAUCUGCCAUCACUUACCUCUAAAUCUGGAAGGCUGUAUGAAAAACUACUCCUUUAUUUACUUUCUUUUCAGCUCUGGAAGCUGGCACCAGAAGUCAUGCAGGCAUAUCCUGUGUGUACACUGGGCAGUGUCUCCUCCAGACUUUGAGCUGUUAAUCAGUUGGUGCUACAGUAGGUGUUAAAGUGGGAUAAAAGUUAACACAGCCAUCCUCAAGGUGGAUGUCGAAUUUGUGUAUUUACAACUGAGAGCUCAGUUUUAGCAUGCUCUUCAUCAGUGAGGAAAAAGGCAUGCGAGAUGUACCGUAACUGCUCUCUUUUUCUGCAACUGUCAGAUGAUUAUACUUGUUCAAGAAAAAGACUUCAGUGGUCAGAAAUCUACCACAGACUAAAACUUCUCAAGGUAUUUUGCCUUACUACCCUGCAUACUUUGGAGUUUUUAAAUGUAGAAAAUCACAGAAAAUGUCCUGCAUUCCCCAUGACAAUAUUAACUCACAACUGUCUUCUGCUCGUAAUUGAGGUUUUCCAUGUGAUCACAUAAUUGUAUAAAAUAAUUUCACUUUAUGCAAAAACUGUUUUUCAUUCUGUUACAAGAUGUGGUAUCAGAAAAAUCUGAUCACAGUUUCCUGAUCAGUGGUGGAUGUGAUGUCAGAUGGCAUUUUUGGUUUAUAAAGAGACCCUGUCGUGGAGGCUGCUGCCCGGCAUUGGAAAGCAAAUUGCAAGGCCAGCAGGAGAGGGGAAGAUGUUGGUGGUUUGGCCUGUGAAGCAGCAGUGGUGCCUCUGGACUGGAGGAUCCUUUGUGUUUCUAGGAUAUCCAAAUUCUUAACUCAGACUUGGAGGUUCAAGAGAGUGGGACAGAAGGAAACCCUUUCUCUGUAGCUCUAAUGCUUCCCUUAAGUAGCCUCAGCUGUCUAGUUGAAAUAACCGAUGCUUGUUGCCUUGAAACUCAUUACCUCCUCUGUGGUUAGCCACGGAAUUAAGCCACAAAUUAAGUCAGGUGGUCAACGGGAUGCAGCACCCAACAAGUGUAUAAAUAGUCCUUUUGUGUCCCUCGGGUAGGCUGGGAUGGGAGUGCGUUGACCUUUCCUGCUCCUGCCAGUGAAAGGCAGGGAGCCGUGUGGUUCUGCUGAUUCCUCUUUCGAGUUGUUCCUGGCUGGCUGUGUUUGCUGGUGGAGAGCCAACUCAUUCGGGACAGCCUUGGGUUUGUGUCUGUUCUGGGAACGUAGUUCCGCAUCAGCUUUUGUAGCAGCUAACUUAAACAUAAAAAAACUGACUGUCCUUUCAGUUCUAGGUGUGUUUUAUCGAUAGCUUCUCUUCUUCCCCCGCCCCUCCCCGGUUGUACUAAUAUAUGUGGGGUUGGGCUGUGAGAUGUUGAAGCUCUCUGAUAUAAAUUAACUAACAGCUGUAUCAGCCGUGGGGAAGAGGGGAAACUGCAUUGCAUGCAAGAGCAUGAGCUUUUUCCAUCAGUUCUGCUGCUGGAGAGAUUGUGCACUGCGUCCCGUACUGUGAGCCUUCCUUUCCUUCCCGCUCUCACGGCCCUGCGUGUGAGCUGCAGGGCAGCAGGCAGCCGACAAUUCCCUUUCUUCCCUGCUCAGCUCCAAGGAAAGGAGUAACCUCACACUCCUCUUGCUAUCCAAAACAAAACUAGGAGCCCUAGGUUAGCCUUUUGUUGCUUUUCUUAUGCCAAGAGCAGCUCAGUCACCUUUUGAGGAAGCAAACAUUGCACUUGGCCACUGAAAUUUUAUUUUCAAACCAUCGAGAAACAUGCCUCUUAAACAUGAUAAAGGGUUUUUCCCGCUGCUGUAGUGGGACCAGGAAUACUUAUGCUCUCACCUAAUUUUUUCUUUCUUGAGGUUUUCUUUUAAAAAUUUUUAAUCUUUUAAUAACCUAACAGGGAAGGAAGGAUGUGAAAUUGAAAAUAGGCAUUGAAAAUGGGAUUGUUGUUCCAUCUCGCAGUUCCUAGUGGUUUGUUCUGUUCCAAGAAAUUACGAGCCUGUCUUGUUUUGUUUCCCUGGCGCUAUGUGUUUUUAAUUUCAGUUUUCUUUGCUUUGGUCUGUGAGCAGGAGGCAGAGAAAACAUUUUUUCAAGAGAUAUGUGUCCCUGCAUGUAGCUCUGCUCUCCCUUCAUUCCUCUCCCCUCUUUCCCUCCUUCUUCCCAGCCCCAGUAAAAACAGGGCUGCAGCACACGCAUCUGUCGCCUGUGCUGUGCUGGCUGAAAGCUGCUGAGCAACAGCACCAACCAGGAUACAACCUCUUCACAUCUUCCUUCUUGUUGAAGCCCUUUGGAGGAACAUGUUUUGCUGGCCUGAGGAACGUGGCUGAAAACAUUAAUCAAGUUCUGCCUGCAACAGCUUGUAGCAGUGAAGGUGUAUGCUGUUUGGGCUCUAAUUUUAAAUAGCCUUUGUCACAGUUGCAACUAGAUGUUAAAUCUUGUGUUCAGAUUGCUUUUGACAAGGUUGGCAAAAAAAUGCCUUAAAUCAGAUUGCAAAAUAAGUUGUUGAAAUAUGAAUGAGAAAGGAAAAAAAAAAUAUGCUUUGAAGGCGGUGGAUGGUGGUUUCCUGUGGGUGUUGCUUGGCCAUAAUUUGUGUGUUGUGUUGCAAGGACUGCCAUGAGUUGGGAGGCACAGAAGUGCAUGUGGGCAGUUUCAAGCUGUAGCUUCUUGCUGCUUAUGGAGAAGUUUAUUCUGUGUGUGAUUUUUUUUUUUCAUCUGACAGUGUUUUGUUUUAACAUUUAACAUCUAAUCACAGCUAACAGUUACAGUCACAACCAGUAAUUCAGGAACAGAAGGCAAAGUGAGCACUGGCUUUCCCUGCCAGGUGCUGUUGACACAUUUACUGUUGGCUUCCCACUUGUGAUCCUUCAGAGACCCAGAGAAGGAUUUCGGGUCUUACUGGUGAUACAUGUUUUAAGUCAAGCUGAUUGACCAACUUCAACCUCAGCAUUUCCUACUGCCAUAAAAAGGGCAGGUAAAGGCUGUGCCAAACGUAUUCUGCACAUAUUUGCAUUGUUUUCAUUAGACUUUGAAUUAAGGUCUGCCAUUUUAAUGUUUCUGCUGUUCGUGGACUGCAGUAUGUUGCCCUUUCUCUUAGAUGAGAUGAGUUGGCAACAUCACGUGCAUGUAUGAGCCUUGUAAAAUAUAGUUGUCUGUAGAAAGGCACCUAAAGGUACCAUUGUUCCUGAGUAGAUUUAAACAGCAAUUUUGCAUCAGCAUGCUUUCCAGAGCUCCCUAGAUCUGUUGCCUUGCUGUUCCAGGAGAAUAACACCUCUCGUCUGUAAAGCACGUCUGUUGUUUGCUGCUGCAAACAGCUCGUGUUUCACGUGGCCCGGUACUUUCAUAGAUGCAUUUUGUUAAAGACUACUGAAUUUAUAUACUCAUCUGCACCAGCUUCCCCCUUUACUGGUGCUGUGGUUUGUACCCUUGCAGAAACUGGCAGCUGGUUUUAAUACAUGUUUUGACAAAUCUCCCUGCUGAAGGGUCUGAUUUCUUAAAUACACUUUUCAGAAAACUUCCA